GGGCUGCAGCUCAGCGGCGGCAGAACACUGGAGCUCCGGGCGCUGAGCGGAGAGAGUACCGGGACCGGGCGCACUAUCCGCGGAUCCGUUUAUACACGUUUUACCCUACUGGAUAUCAGCCUGCCGGAUCCGGAGAGCGUCUGCUGCGCUGAAUAAACCGGAAUAAAGAAUAGAAUCAGUGUAAACACGCUACACAGAGGAGGUGUGAAGUGGAAUUCUGGGAAACGUCACCUUUAACCAGCAGCACAGAGGGAGAGACAUAUACAGGUACAUAUGGGGCAAGGAGAGGCUUCUGCGAGAGGCACAGCCAUGGAGGGGGACUGCCUCAGCUGUAUUAAAUACCUCAUGUUCAUCUUCAACUUCUUCAUAUUUCUUGGUGGUGCGUUUCUGCUGGGAGUUGGUAUCUGGGUGCUGGUAGAUCCCACAGGAUUCAGGGAGAUCGUAGCAGCGAACCCGCUACUCUUCACUGGCGUCUACGUGAUCCUGGCUAUGGGUGGCAUGCUCUUCCUGCUGGGCUUCCUGGGCUGCUGUGGAGCAAUUCGGGAAAAUAAGUGUCUGCUACUGUUCUUCUUUCUGCUGAUCCUGAUCAUAUUCCUGGCGGAGCUGGCGGCUGCAAUUCUGGCCUUUAUAUUCCGGGAGCAUCUCACCAGAGAUUACUUCACCAAGGAGCUGAAAACCUAUUACCAGGGCAGCAACAGCACGGACGUCUUCACCGCCACCUGGAACACCAUCAUGACCACGUUCGAGUGUUGUGGGGUGAACAGCGCUGACGACUUUGAUCAGCAGAGCCUCUUCAGACGCCUCUACCCCAGCAGACUGGUGCCUGAAGAGUGCUGCCAGAGGAACGAUCUGCUGAUGAACAAAGAGGAGUGCCUCAAGGGCAUCAUGCAAAUCCGCAACAAGGGCUGUUACUCAGCGGUGGUGGACUACUUCGAGACCUACAUCUACAUGGCUGGAGCUUUAGCCAUCGUGGUGCUGACUAUUGAACUCUUCGCGAUGGUUUUCGCCAUGUGUUUGUUCCGGGGGAUCCAGUAGUCCGCUCAUACUGUUCAGACCGACCGACAGACAGACAGACGUUUCAAAAGGGAAAUGGCCUAAAGAACGAAGAUACAACAAAAACAACUAUACAUACGUGUCAUCUCUGUGUUUUUGAGUUGGAUUUGCCAACAGCGACCAAAUUGUACUUCAUAGCUGGAACUCUGAGGUACCAGAUAGUAGAGCGGUAAAAUAUUACAAAACGAGAAGCGUAGAAAGUUUCGCUCCGGCGGCGGCGGCUUCGUUUCGCAGCCCUUUAAACUGAACGGAGGGAGACGUUGCACUGAUAUUUGGACGGAUAUUUAUAGAUUACAGUUCAUUCAUUUGUACAGAAAUAGUGUACAUAUUUUACAUUCACAGUCACAUUUGAGCCGUAAAAAAAAAAGAAAAAAAAAGACAUUUUUCACAGUGUUUGUUUAUGUGUGUGUGUGCGCGCGAGUGUGUGUGUGUGCGCGCUAUCUUGUAUUGUUGUAAUGAUGUGAUGUGUAUUGGAAUAGUGUAUAUUUUAUGUGAUUUUAGCAAAGAUCUGUAUGCGUUUGUACUCGUAUCCACAGUACCUAUACACCACAGUCAGUGAUUGGUAUUAAAAAUGAGAAAUUCCAGACUGUUUCAUCUUUCAUUCACCAUGAUUUAUACUGUAAAUAAAUUUUACUUACUCACACCAGAGAAACCAAUACUGCCUGCCCUGCUUCUGCAUUCAUUACA